GGGAGGCUACUUGGUUUGGGAAGAUAUUCCCCAGGGGUCUCCCCUUCCCUUGGGGGCGCAGCUGAGGACUGCGAGGUGCGUCCGAGGGCCAGAAAGCUGAGAUCGAUUCUGAGUUCAAGGAUCAAGUCUGCCCUCAAACCAUUUUACAGAUCGGGAAAUCCGAGACCCAGAGAAGGGAUACUCCCGCCCAAGGGCCACCGAGCCGAGAGAAGCCCGGGCCAGGGCUUUCUUCGCGUAUGUGGGAAUGCAGGCGCGAGCCCUUGGGGGGCACAGUCCAUACGAGAGCUGAGGCCGAAGCCGGAGCACUAACUGCUGUCUAGGGGAUCGAGACGGCACUAGAGGGCUGGACUCCUUACUACCUCAGUUUCCCCAGCACUACCUUUGUUGAGGAAACGGAGAUGGAAAUACUGGCCGAACGCGCUCCUGCUGAGACACAGUCCGACUGUAUUUAGACGCCCCGCACAUCCCCAAAUCUGAUCGAGGCUCCUUUUUUCAAGGACCCGCUAUCUCCCAGCCCUUUAAAAUCCGGCCCUGCCGUUCGAGUCUCUCGGCGUUCCAUUGGAAAGACUCGGGGCUCCAGCUCCCUUCUCUGGAAUGAACUGCUCUUGACUGCCGCCCAGCUUUACCGGAGCGUUAACUGCGCAGGCGCAAGGGCAGCCAACCCAGUAAAUGGAAGAGCCGGGUGCUGACGGCGCUGGGCGGGUCAGGGGCGGAGAGCGUGCUAACCAAUGACUUGAGGGAGUAGGGGCCGGGUUUGGGCCCUCAGUUGCUAAGCGCUACCCGAGUGGGAAGUGGUUCAAGAGAUGGGGUGAAGGGUGGUUCACCGGCUCUUCAAGUCCUCAGCCUUCUGGCCCGCGGAAGUUAAGCAACCAAGAGGCGGGCCUAAGACCGGAAGCAGGAAGGAGGGCGCAGGAAGCAAGGCGCCGCAGCCAGUCGUACGGUCCUUCUGUGGGUCUGUCGGUGCCGAGGGCAGGAUGGAGAAGCUGCGGCUCCUGGGCCUCCGCUACCAGGAGUACGUGACUCGUCACCCGGCUGCCACGGCCCAGCUGGAGACGGCAGUGCGGGGCCUCAGUUACCUGCUGGCAGGUCGAUUCGCCGAUUCGCACGAGCUGUCAGAGCUGGUGUACUCUGCCUCUAACCUGCUUGUGCUGCUCAAUGACGGGAUCCUACGGAAGGAGCUUCGGAAAAAGUUGCCUGUGUCGCUGUCCCAGCAGAAGCUGCUGACAUGGCUGAGCGUGCUGGAGUGUGUGGAGGUGUUCAUGGAGAUGGGAGCUGCCAAGGUGUGGGGCGAAGUGGGCCGCUGGCUUGUCAUCGCCCUCAUCCAGCUGGCCAAGGCCGUACUGCGGAUGCUCCUGCUGCUCUGGUUCAAGGCUGGCCUCCAGACCUCACCCCCCAUCGUUCCACUGGACAGAGAGACCCAGGCACAGCCCCCGGAUGGUGAGCACAGCCCUGGCAGCCAUGAGCAGUCCUACGUGGGGAAGCGGUCAAACCGGAUGGUGCGAACCCUCCAGAACACACCGUCCCUGCACUCCAGGCACUGGGGAGCUCCCCAGCAGCGGGAGGGACGGCAGCAGCAGCAUCACGAGGAGCUGAUUGCGACCCCAACCCCCCUGGGGCUGCAGGAGACCAUCGCAGAGUUUUUGUACAUUGCCCGGCCGCUGCUGCACUUGCUCAGCCUGGGCCUGUGGGGUCAGAGGUCGUGGAAACCCUGGCUCUUGGCUGGUGUUGUGGACGUGACCAGCCUGAGCCUCCUGAGUGACAGAAAGGGCCUGACCCGGAGGGAGCGGCGGGAGCUGCGGCGCCGGACCAUCCUGCUUCUCUACUAUCUGCUGCGCUCCCCGUUCUACGACCGCUUCUCCGAGGCCAGGAUCCUCUUCCUGCUCCGGUUGCUGGCUGACCACGUCCCUGGCGUUGGCCUGGUCACAAUGUCCCAGCGUGCGGCCUCUCCGUGCCUACUGGCCAGGCCCCGCACACAGCCCUGGUCGCCACCAGCGUUCCUCCCAGGACCCCCUUGACUGCGCUGUCCUGUGACGAUGCCACUGCAGCCUGCACCUUGUCCCUGCUGGGCCAAGAAGCCUUCACUAGGAGUGGGAUCCAGGCUCUUCUCCCACAGAAAGCAGUGACUUCACCUCAUGAAGCCCGGGAAGCCGCUCGCCUCGACAGCCACAGGAGCGAACACUGCUGCUCUCUCACUGGCCCCUGGUGAGGACAGGAAGGCUGAACCCGGGUGAUGGCCGAACGCUGCCCAGCGUGUCUUCUGGCUGGGGCCCUCCGUCUGCCCCUUCUGUGCAGGGCCCUGUGGCUCUGGCAGCCCCAGGCCAUGGCAUUGCCAGCCUCCCUAUGACAGAGCCUGGUGAACAGUGAGUCUGGCCCCCAUGCAAGUGGCACUUCAAGCCCUGCAUCCUCGGUUGAGAGUAAAAUGCUUUUCUCCCUUAGAAAAA